GCAAAGGGACGCUCCCGUUAGGGUAGGUGACGCAGCCUCCGGGUGAUAAGCGUCGAGCCGGAGCCGCAGUUUUCCUAGCGAGUGAGGUUCAGUCGGGUGGCGGUGACGACAGGGCCGGUCGGUCGGUAAACUUGCCCCCCUGCUUUCUCCGCAGUUUCAGCUUUGAAAGAUGACGUCUAGGAAGAAAGUUUUGCUGAAAGUCAUCAUCUUGGGCGAUUCAGGGGUAGGAAAGACCUCCCUAAUGAACCAAUAUGUUAACAAAAAGUUCAGUAACCAAUACAAGGCAACAAUAGGGGCAGACUUUCUAACAAAGGAGGUGAUGGUGGACGAUAGAUUGGUGACAAUGCAGAUAUGGGACACAGCAGGGCAAGAGCGUUUUCAGUCAUUGGGUGUGGCAUUCUACAGAGGGGCUGACUGCUGCGUGCUGGUCUUUGAUGUAACGGCGCCCAAUACGUUCAAAACUCUUGAUAGUUGGAGAGAUGAAUUUCUCAUUCAAGCUAGUCCACGAGAUCCAGAAAACUUUCCCUUUGUGGUCCUUGGUAACAAGAUAGACCUGGAAAACAGACAGGUCACCACAAAAAGAGCACAGGCAUGGUGUCAGAGUAAAAAUAACAUACCCUACUUUGAAACCAGCGCAAAGGAGGCAAUAAAUGUGGAACAGGCUUUUCAGACAAUUGCACGGAAUGCACUUAAACAGGAAACAGAAGUGGAGCUCUACAACGAAUUCCCAGAACCAAUCAAACUAGACAAGAAUGACCGGGCAAAGACUUCAGCAGAGAGCUGCAGCUGCUGAGUGGGAGGGAUGAUCCACAGUCCAGGCCUUGACCAGUCCUCAUUCUGUCCUUCCCCUUUGACCACAAGCCAAGAUUCCUUCAUGCACCUUGGAUAUUGCCUCUGUGCACAAGGAAGAGCUGCACCUAAUUAGCAGACCUAAUGUAUAAUAACUGGUAACAUUGGAAGGAAAACUAAUGUAUACUGAACUUAAGUUUAUUGUCUGAAGACCCAUGUUUUACAAUUGUACUGUAAAAUGAUUUUUAAGUCUGUUCUGUCUGAAGGUGAGAACUGGAAUGACCAAUGUUCUCUCUAUUCUCAAGCCCAUUUUUGAACAUGGUUUUGGAAAUGACCUAACCUAUGUUUAUUCCCUUUCCUUACCUGCUCCCUAACUUGUCUUGCAUUGAUGCCUGUCAGCUUGCAAAGUGAGCCCACUUCAAAAAAAUAUUAAUUGCUCUUUGAUCUCCAUAAGGCAAGUGGAAUGCUACAUGGCUCCUCUAAGUCCUAGCCAGAAUUUUUUUUUAUUGGCAGUUAAUACUAAACGAAAGUAACUUUGGUUCAAUAUUGUGUAACCACCAUUGACCUGCUUAAACUUGGCAUUUUGGUUUUCUGUUUGAGUUGAUUUAAACGUGUUUGUGUACUGUAUGCAGAAAAUCAGUAUUAAGUUAGAAGUCUAUUUGAUUUACCUUAAGCUACCCAAGGAUGAGAUGACUAGAAUUAUUUCUGAGCAGACUUGCUGACAGCAAUGUCUGCUACUAGUGAUAACUUGCCAAAGUUACUGGUCUUGCUUCACAGCUUACAAAUAUUUUUUUCCUUAAGGUUCACAGUCUAGUACAUGGGACAAAUUUCUGUAAUCAUGAGGAUAUUGCCAAUAAAUAGAACAGGAUUGAA